CUCUGUGUAUACAUAUAUAUAUGCGCCUGUUUCAGCUCUGUGAUCCGGGUGCCUUGCAGUCAUUCACCUUGAAGGACCUGUGAUGACUUUGAAAUUUGGACCAUCCUGGAUUAUCUGAAGGACUCCAUGUAUGAGAUGUCUGCACCCUUUUGAGCUUCCCUCUCUCCCACGGUGGCACCUUGCACCUCUGGUUAAACCUGUUGUUCAGCGAAUACUCAAAUCCAGUGCUGUCUCAGUUCAGCCUACCUGAUGGGGUUCUUCAAGACUGGAUGUUACAAACCAAGGGUCCUACCCUUUUUUGUAAAUUUGUGCUUUACAAAGCAAGUUUCUUCAAAAGAGGAAGAAGGUAUUUCAUUUCCAGAGAGUGUAUGUCAAUUCACGUGUCACAUCAAGAGGUACUCUGUUAGUUGUCCUCAAGUUCUUUAUCAGAACAUGUCAUCACACAGCUGUACACUUCUUGUGACUGCCACAUACCACAAAAGGGGAUCUGACUAGUUUCUGCUCUGCCUGGAGACCUGUGUAUGUGUGCUUCCAUUUGCCAGUUGAAUGUUGUUUCUUCGCAAGUGUACUAAGAAACAAAUGCAAGCUUGAGGUGCUCUUUCAGAGAAGCGAAUGAUUUAUGCCAGCCAUGUCACUAGCUGAAUGGGUUUCACAACCCUCUGACUCUGUGGGCCUUUGUUAGUAGUCACACUGGGAACUGUUGACCUGCAACGUUGAUGUUGAGCGUGUUGUGUUUUAAGGUUUUGAGGAAAAUGCAGAGACGGCAUAGCAGCAACACUGACAACGUUCCUCCUGAAAGAAACCGGAGCCAAACAGUCAGUUCUGAAACCAGCGUGGAUGAAAGUGGAGUUUUUGAAAGUCUGAAGGCUGAAGCUUCCUCACCACAACAGCUGUUCUCAGGCCUGGCAGGUAUUCCGUCGGGCACCAUCACAGCCACGCCGUUCCAGGCAGGUUUGGUUCUGGGCUCUUCGGCAGGAGGUGGGGAAGUAUUCAUUCAGAUGCCAGCCCCAAGGGAGGAAGGGACCAGUCGUACAGAAGGAGCCCCAUUUCACCACCGGCAAUCGUCCCAUCAUUUCCACCAUGGCCAUCACCGGGGCUCAUCUCUACUGCACAUGGCAGGAGGGGACCGCCACGGGCAUGCUGAGGAAGGCAGUGACGAACAAGCUGGAACUCCAGCUCCCGCUCUUUCAGAGUUAAAAGCUGUGAUCGGCUGGCUGCAGAAGGGACUUCCCUUCAUCUUGAUCCUCCUGGCUAAAGUGUGUUUCCAGCACAAGCUUGGGAUUGCUGUGUGCAUUGGUAUGGCCAGCACAUUCGCGUAUGCCAACUCAACACUCCGAGAACAGGUUGCUCUGAAGGAGAAGAGAUCAGUGUUGGUUGUCUUCUGGAUCCUGGCCUUUCUCACUGGAAACACCUUGUACUUGCUUUACACAUUCAGCUCUCAGCAGCUGUACAACAGCCUUAUAUUUCUGAAACCCAACCUUGAGAGGCUAGACUUCUUCGACCUGAUGUGGAUUGUGGGGAUCGCAGACUUUGUACUGAAGUACCUCACCAUCGCAUUGAAAUGCCUAAUUGUUGCCCUGCCUAAGAUCAUCCUAGCUGUCAAGUCAAAGGGAAAGUUUUAUCUGAUUAUUGAGGAGCUGAGCCAGCUGUUCCGCUCCCUUGUCCCCAUCCAGCUAUGGUAUAAAUACAUCAUGGGAGAUGAUCCAUCCAGCAGCUACUUCCUAGGUGGGAUCCUGAUCAUCCUGUAUAGCCUCUGCAAGUCUUUUGACAUCUGUGGUCGUGUGGGAAGUGUCCGGAAGGCACUGAAGGUCCUUUGUACCCCACAGACCUAUGGAGUUCGUGCUACCAGCCAGCAGUGCAGUGAGGCAGGUGAUAUCUGUGCCAUUUGCCAAGCUGAAUUCAGGGAACCUUUGAUUCUUAUGUGCCAGCAUGUGUUUUGUGAAGAAUGCCUCUGCCUCUGGUUUGACAGGGAGAAGACCUGUCCUCUUUGUCGUUCUGUCACAGUAGAAACCCUGCGUUGCUGGAAAGAUGGCACCACCUCUGCUCAUUUCCAGGUGUAUUAAAACCAAUACAUACCAACAAAUGGAAUAACGUGUGGAGAGAAGAAAAAGCUGGAAAAUCUGAUGAUCCCAUGCCCCUAUUUAGUUGCCUGUGGAUUUGUUGUCUUAGUCUUUCUUCCAGCUCUGUUUCUCCGGGAGCCAACAGAACAAUAAUUGUUACUAGCCAGAAACUUUAUCCUCAAAGGCAAGAAAGAUGUGUUUUACGUUAUGGCAAACUCCAUGGCUAAGCUACAGCCAAGAUUUUUUCUUGAACUUACACAGUUAUAAACUGCCUGGGAUGUUUCCUUUUUUCCUGUGCUUUUAGUAUAGAUAAGUAUUGUGUGUAUACGGAAAGCGUACUGUGAAUUGCAUGUGUAUAACCUGGUAUACUGGAAGAAAGCUGUCUUCCUCUGCCUCAAACCACUGGUGACAUUUUUCACAUUAAAUGGUCCUACCUUCCCUGAA